CGCAAUUAAACAUGGCGGCCUGUCUGAAAUAAGUGGAGCUAUCCGGCUUUGCAACUAAAUGUUUGCGCGAGUGAAGAAUGUCACAGGAUGAGGCUGUGAUUUCCACAAAUGACGAUGCUACGGCCUGUAAGAGGUUUGCUGUUCAAUUAGGUUACUGGUCAGAUGGUUACAUUCAACACUUUGCCAAACUAGGAGAGAGAAAGACUCCAGAAAUAAACAGAGGUUACUAUGCUCGUGUUAAAGGUAUGCAUACUCUGCUGGACCAGUUUCUUGCUAAAACAGAAUGCAAUUGUCAGGUUGUUAAUCUUGGGGCAGGAUUCGAUUCCCUCUUUUGGCUUUUAAAGGAAGAAAGUUUAGCACCCAAGCUGUUUGUUGAAGUAGAUUUUGCAAGUGUGACUGGUAGAAAGUGCUACAAUAUAAGGAAUAGAAGAAAACUUCAGGAAGCAUUUUCUCCAGACGAUGGAUUAAAAAUUGAAGGGAGUGAAGCACAUUCUAAACACUACCAUCUCCUAGCUGUGGAUCUGAGAGAAGUUGAUACAUUAGAGAGAAAACUAAAAGAAAUAGGAAUCGAUAAAAGCCUUCCAACAGUUUUUAUCACAGAAUGUGUCCUGAUUUAUAUGGAACCCGAACAUUCAGCAGCCAUUAUUAAUUGGGCUGGAACCAAUUUUAAAAAUGCUGUAUUUAUAAACUAUGAACAAGUGAAUAUGCAGGACAGAUUUGGUCAAAUUAUGAUCCAGAAUCUUAGGGGUAGAAAUUGUGAGCUUCUGGGAGCAAAUGCCUGUCCUGACCUCGAAUCUCAUAAACAAAGAUUUCUGUCGAACAACUGGGAUGAAGCUGAAGUCCUAGACAUGAUGAGUAUUUACAACAGCUUGCCUAUUGACGACAGAGCAAGAAUAGAGAGAAUAGAAUUCCUUGAUGAAGUGGAUCUUUUACAUCAACUUCUCUCCCAUUACUGCAUAUCCUGGGCCGUGAAUGAUGCCUCACAACUUGGUUUGUCAAGCAUUUCUUUUGCGACUUAGGAUGUAAUUCUUGUGGAAUGCAUUUAUUUUUUUCUGAAAUGGACUUAAAGAACUUUUAAAGAUACUUGACAAUAAAGUGCAUUUUAAUAACACGCAAACUGAUGGACUUUAUCGUCGUCAGACUUGGAGGAGGCCUUCAGUGCAGGCGUCUGAUAAGGGCGACUUAACGUUAUAACUUCGCGAUCGUUUAGUCGACCGGUCAUGUUUGAUUUAGUGUUAGAAUGUACUGUAGAUGAGGGGGUCGCGAAAGGCCAAUUUUCUAUUGCCCCAAUUUUAGUGUGACACAACCAAAAAGAUCCGACAAACCCCAUUCCCCCUCCCCACUAAGAGUACAAAUGAGCCAUCCUCGUUGAAACAAAAAAAAUUGAAGCACAAUUAGAGCCAGAACCUGAGCCGAACCUCCAGCCUCCUAAACUGGGUACCACACAGAGAGAACUGAAGUUUACAAUAUUCACAGAGUUAAAUAUUCCUAAUAUAACGGCUAAACCUAAUCUCCUGUUCAGAGCAUUUCUUAACGAGACAAUACAAACUAUGACGCUAGUCUCAAUAUCUCAAGAACCCAAUUACCCUCUGUGCUAUUUCUUAUUUGUGCCCACAUGUAUCAAACAUAUGGCAAGCACGUGCACGGUCAAUGUUAUUGACCUCUCUUGGUGAACGCAAUUUUAAUAAUUGAAAACAAUUGUUUUACUGCAUGACGAAGAAAUAACAAGAACUUUUCUUCGCAACAAAAGUGUUCCCGCCUUCCGUAGUCAUUUUCUCCUCAAGCUCUUACAACGGGCAAGGGCGAACAUUCACUAUACGAGCUUAUCAGAAGCUAGACUACGAGCAGUCCCUCCUUUUUGGCAAAGUCCGUCGCGCGAAUUACUAAAAAAAUGUGACAAAAAAUUGAUGUUAGAUGAGAAUUGGAUGAGUCGAUGUUAAAAAUUGAUGAUCAAACUCGCGUGAUGGUCUUCGCCGAAAAGGAGGUACUACUCGUAAUGUGACGGGUAGCUGUCACCUAGUAUUUCUUUGUAAUGAGUAGACGAAACAUUAGAAACUUCUAAUAAAAGUUGCAGUCGUCAUAUCAAGGAAA